AUGUAUUGUGUCUAUUUCCGUGUGUCCUUCUGCCACUUGAUAAUCUACAAACAUUCCCAGAACACACGUUCUUUCAUCUCUAUCUACAAGAAUUCAGACAAAAUGGCAAUUGUGGCGUGCAAUAACUGUACCAAGCACAGAGAGUGUUCUGCCUACUCAGACGGAAAAGAAGAAGUGACUUACUACUACUACUGGGUCUAUGUUCUGAACAUGAUUCAGGGCAAUGAUUGA